CUCCAAAAUAAAUAACUGUAGGAGAGUUAGGCACAAGAGGAGCUGAGGGCCAAGGAACAGCCUGGGAGAGCACCUGUCUUUGGGGGUUGAUCAGGAAGGCUGAACACUGGGAGACAGUGUGGGCCACACCCACGGCUGAAGAAGAGGGCAGUCAACAUUGGCAGAUGCUGAAAGUGUGCACGGAAGCAGAGUGCAGAAGGGUGUUGGGUGCCAUGAGGGUCCUGGGUGAUCGCAGCUGAGCAGUCGGGGCAGGACCAGGCGAGAGGGGGACCAGUGAGACGAUGUGAUGAAUUCUAUUCCUGACCCAGAUGCCCUAGGCUUGGGACAAAGCUCCAUCUUAUGCCAGGUUUCCUCAGGAGCUGCCUGGAAAAUGCUGGGGCUGGUCCAGGCCCCAGACAACCCAAGACAUCCGUGCUGCGUGUACAGGGCUGGGUGCGGUGGGGCCCCAGGCCAUAGAAUUCCCAGGUGCUUUCCACCGUCUGUCUUGGGAGUGGUCAGCCCCCGGGGGCGUCCCCGCUGCUGGUGCUGGGGAAGCGGGCGGUGGGCCAGGCCACCUGCAGAGUGGGCACAGGGCAGCCGUCGGUGCCUCUUCUCUCUCACACCAUUCUCAAAGCAGGGGCAAGCCUGCCGCCCGAGACUUUCCAGCUGGGAGGUGAGCUGAGGACAGCUGCCCUACUCAAGGAAGUCUUUGUUUCCACUGGGACUGAAUGGAGCUCUGGAGGCUGGGCUGGCCGAGUGCCCCGAGAGCCCGAUGCCUGGUGGCUCACGCGGCCUCCUUGUUUGCAGGGCCUGGGCAAAAAUUUACUCUGAGUCCCACUCUUCGCUCCAGCCAGGCCUCAGUCCCAUCCAGGGAAGAGGAAACCUUUGCUAAUUAACUAGCAAGUAGCCCUGGAAGAACCUGUAUUCAUCCCUGGACUUGGGCUUUGGAAGUACCAGAUAAACACCUGAGCCUUAAAAAACAAACCGUCAGCCAGGGCCCAGUAGGAAGAUGGGCUCCCGUGGACAGGGACUCUUGCUGGCAUGCUGCCUGCUCCUGGCCUUUGCCUGUGGCCCGGUCCUGAGCCGUGUGCCCCAUGACCAGCGGGACCAGCAGGCGUGGGAGGGGAAUGAGGAGCUGCCGUCCCCGCCGGACCAUGCCGAGAGGGCCGAACAACAUGAAAGAUACAGCCCCAGCCGGGGCGAGGGGCUCCCGGCUUCCCAGUGUUUGCGCUGCUGCGACCCCGGGACCUCCAUGUACCCGGCGACGGCAGUGCCCCAGAUCAAUAUCACCAUCUUGAAAGGCGAGAAGGGGGACCGCGGAGAUCGAGGUCUUCAAGGAAAAUACGGCAAGACAGGCUCAGCAGGGGCCAGGGGCCACACUGGACCCAAAGGGCAGAAGGGCUCCAUGGGGGCCCCCGGGGAGCGGUGCAAGAGCCACUACGCCGCCUUCUCGGUGGGCCGGAAGAAACCCAUGCACAGCAACCACUACUACCAGACGGUGAUCUUCGACACGGAGUUCGUCAACCUCUACGGCCACUUCAACAUGUUCACCGGCAAGUUCUACUGCUACGUGCCCGGCAUCUACUUCUUCAGCCUCAACGUGCACACCUGGAACCAGAAGGAGACGUACCUGCACAUCAUGAAGAACGAGGAGGAGGUGGUGAUCCUGUUCGCUCAGGUGGGCGACCGCAGCAUCAUGCAGAGCCAGAGCCUGAUGCUGGAGCUGCAGGAGCAGGACCAGGUGUGGGUGCGCCUCUACAAGGGUGAGCGUGAGAACGCCAUCUUCAGCGACGAGCUGGACACCUACAUCAUCUUCAGUGGCUACCUGGUCAAGCACGUCUCCGAGCCCUAGCUGGCCAGCCACCGCCUUUCCUCUGCCACCUUCUGCCCCUGCGCCGUGCGGACCCCACCGCCUCUUCCCCGACCCCUGGACUCCGCCUCCCGGCUUUGGCAUUCAAUGACACACCCUGCGCACUUGGAAAGCCGGAGCAGCCAGUGCUCCCAGAUCCUGCAGCCUCUGGAGAGAGCUGAUGGCAGAUGACAUCGCCAGGGCAGGGUGCCUGCAAGAACCCUCGGGGGCCUUCCGCUGCCCUCUCUGCAGGCAUCCUCAAGUAACCCCACGCAGCGAGACGUGUGUGGCGGCAGGGUGUCCCAGGGUGUGGCACUGUGGCUCCAGUCCUUGGAAAUAAUUAGGCAAAUUCUAAAGGUCUCGAAAGGAGCAAAGUAAAAAUCAUGGAGGACAAAGAAGAGCGCUGUUACUUUUGUCUUUCCAGCCAGCCUGCUGGCUCCUGAGAGAGGGGCUUUUGCACUGGAGCUCCGCUUAAGAGAAGGUCCGAAGUUAAAGCCAUGGGGCCCGGGGAGGGGGCUGGGGGUCAGAAAGCAUCUCAGGCUUAAUUCUUUUAAGCCACGUAGAGACUUUGAGGGACAGGUGGACCCCGACAUCCCUGUGGCCUUGUCCAAGAGCUCAGCUGGUCUUUCUGAGUCACAGCUGCGAGGGGAUCGGGGCUGGGGUCGCAAGCAUCGGCCCCCCAGAGGGACAGCUGAGUGCUCUGCCAUUGGCUCUGGGCUGGCAGAAGCAGCCGAAGGCUCCUGACAGUGGCCAGGGACCCCUGGGUCUCCCAGGCCUGCAGAUGUCUCCACGGGGGCAGAGCUCCUGGUGUAUCCAUGUGUGGCUGCUUCACCCCCUGUGCCACUCCAGAGCCCCGGGUGGGGGUCCCUGGUGUCAGCUUUCUGUGUUGCCUCCCAUGUUUACCAGCCCCAGAAGGUUCUGGGCCCUUGGCUUCUGUUUUUAAUAAAAUGCCUCACGCAGCACCGCAGUCUCCUCGUGGGCUAAGCAUCCCCAUUUCCACGUGUGCUGUGUUGGUUUGCAGCGAGGCUGAUCCAGACCCCUUCCGCCCGCCUCUGCCCUCACCCCAGCCUCUGACCAGCAGCCUGAGAGGGGCUUUCUCUGGGCUUCAGAGCAGGUGGAGCUGGAAGGGGCUGGAAAGCUCCUGCUUGCCUGUUUCUCAGGCUCCUGUGAGCCUCAGUCCUGAGACCAGAGCCGAGAGGAAGUGCAUGUCCCAACCCCCCAGAUCGGGACUCACUCUCAGGAGCCGGGUGGCAGGAGAGGCAACACCCCUUCGGCAAUUUCCAGACCACCUGGAGCAGGGCCGAGGUGUCUCUGCGGUGCCCUGGCAGGGCUGCCAGCGUUCUCUCCAGGAACCCCGUGGCCCCUCUCCACCUCACCCCACGUUGAUGCCCAGGGUCACUCUUGCUACUUGGUGGCCCCCAAACCCCCGGUGCCUGUCCUUCUUCCCUCCCCAUCCCCCACCUGGUUUUGACUAAUCCUGCUUCCCUCUCUGGGCCUGGCAGCCGGGAUUGGGGUCUGUACAUCCCUCUCUUUAAGGAACUUCCACGGGUCUCCUGAAAGCCGAAUCCCCGCGGGCAUGCCUGGAAGCAGGGUGUCGCUCGCUGCUGACUCGCUCCCCCAGCUCUUUCAGAAAACAUUAAACUCAGAACUGUUUUUCAGCA